GAUUUGUGGCGCGGUUCUGGCAAAGUCUACAACAAGCCAUGGGGACAGAGUUACAUUUCAGCACAACUUUUCAUCCCCAAACGGAUGGCCAAUCUGAAAGGGUGAUACAGAUUGUGGAAGAUAUGUUACGUGCUUGCGCGUUGGACUUCAAAGGAAGCUGGAAUGAUCACUUACCGUUGGUGGAGUUUGCGUAUAAUAACAGCUAUCAGGCCAGCAUUGGGAUGGCACCGUAUGAAGCAUUGUAUGGAAGACCGUGUAGAUCCCCUACGUGUUGGUUGGAAGCCGGCGAGAGUAGUUUGUUUGGACCAGAGAUUGUUCGAGAAACUACCGAGAAAAUUCAACUCAUCCGAGAGAGGCUACUCACAGCGCAAAGUCGACAGAAAAGCUAUGCGGAUCAAAGACGAAGACCCUUGGAAUUCAAAGUGGGAGACUACGUGUUCCUCAAAGUGUCGCCCAAGAAAGGAGUAUUUAGAUUCGGCAAGAAGGGAAAGUUAGCGCCAAGAUAUACCGGGCCAUUUGAAGUGAUCAAAGUUGUGGGCAAAGCGGCGUAUCAGUUGCGGUUACCAACUCAGUUGUUGGGGGUACAUGACGUGUUCCACGUGUCGAUGUUGAGAAAGUGUCAAUCGGAUGCAACGCAGGUCGUAGACUUGAAAGAUAUUGAAAUUCAAGACGGAGCAACCUAUGAAGAACAACCGGUGAAGAUCCUCGAUGCCAAAGAGAAGGUGCUCCGCAACAAAGUCAUCCAACUAGUGAAGGUUUUGUGGCAACACCAUGGAGUGGAAGAAGCUACUUGGGAACCGGAGCUAGAAAUGCGAGAGAAGUACGCACACUUAUUCGCUACUUGAGAUUUGGUGCUAGAGGAGGACCUCG